AUGAAGCUCAGGAUCCUCGCCAUCGCCCUGUCUUGGACGUGUUUACUCCUAAGCCCACGUGGGGCCCAGGAGGUGCAUGAGGACAAGCCGAAUAUUGUCCUGAUGAUAGUGGACGAUCUUGGGAUUGGUGACUUGGGCUGCUUUGGCAAUGACACGAUGAGGACUCCUAACAUCGACCGCUUAGCAAGGGAAGGCGUACAACUGAAACACCACAUCUCCGCAGCGUCAAUGUGCACCCCAAGCCGGGCCGCCUUCCUCACGGGAAGAUACCCCAUCCGAUCAGGAAUGGUUUCUAACAGAGUGAGCCGUGUGAUCUCCACGCUCGGAGCUCCUGCUGGACUCCCUCGCAAUGAGACAACAUUUGCAGCCUUACUGAAGAGGCAAGGGUAUAGUACGGCAUUGAUAGGCAAAUGGCACGAAGGCUUAAACUGUGAUUCCCGACAUGACCACUGCCAUCACCCAUAUAAUUAUGGUUUUGAUUACUUCUAUGGCAUGCCAUUCACUCUGUUUGAACCUUGCUGGCCGGAUCCCUCGCGUGACACGGAAUUAGCCAUCGGGGGCAAAGUCUGGCUCUGCAUUCAGCUGGUCGCUGUUGCUGCACUCACGGCUGCCUUGGGGAAACUGAGUCGCUUGAUCUGUCUUCCCUGGUCCUUCAUCUUCUCCAUGAUUCUUUUUAUCUUUCUGCUGGGCUACUUUUGGUUCUCCAGUUACAAAUCCCCUCUGUACUGGGAUUGCCUCCUCAUGCGCGAGCACGAGAUCACUGAACAGCCGAUGAAGGCAGAGCGCGCUGGCUCCAUCAUGGUGAGGGAGGCGACUUCAUUUAUGGAAAGGCACCGUGAGGGACCGUUCCUUCUUGUGUUCUCCUUUCUGCACGUCCACGUGCCGCUUCCCACGACCACCGAGUUCAUCGGCACCAGCAAGCACGGCUUGUAUGGGGACAACGUUCAGGAGAUGGACUUCAUGGUGGGCAAGCUUCUUGAUGCCAUUGAUGAUUUUGGUGUGAGGAACCACACGCUCGUCUACUUUACAUCAGACCACGGCGGACAUUUGGAGGCACGGGUGGGCCACGCCCAGCUCGGGGGAUGGAACGGAAUAUACAAAGGUGGGAAAGGCAUGGCCGGCUGGGAAGGUGGAAUCCGCGUCCCGGGACUGGUCCGCUGGCCGGGAAGGUUACCAGCUGGGAAAGUGAUCGAGGAACCGACGAGUAUGAUGGACGUUUUCCCCACGCUGGCGGCCGUGUCAGGAAGCACGGUCCCUCAGGACAGGGUGAUCGAUGGCCAGGACCUCAUGCCUUUGCUUCAGGGAGAUGUCGAGCGCUCAGAGCAUGAGUUCUUGUUCCACUACUGUGGUGCCUUUCUCCACGCAGCACGCUGGCACCCAAAGGACAGUGAGGCAGUGUGGAAGGUUCAUUACGUGACACCUGUGUUCCAGCCGCCAGGAGCUCAGGGCUGCUAUGAGACCCAAUAUUGCCGAUGUUCUGGAAAACUGGUCACCUACCAUGACCCUCCUCUGCUCUUUGACCUCACAAGGGACCCCUCUGAGUCCACACCUCUGACGCCAGACACGGAGCCCUCUUACAAUGUGGUGAUCCAGACGGUGGCCAAUGCUGUGAAGGAACACAAGAAAAGCAUCAUUCCUGUCCGGCACCAGAUUUCUGAAUUGAAUCAGGGCAACAUAUGGCUAAAGCCUUGCUGUGGGGUGUUCCCAUUUUGUCUGUGCGACACAGAAGGGAACACAUCUGCCGUGGGUGCAUGA